AUGGUGAAAGUGUUAAAUCUUUUGAAACGUGGAAGAGGUCCAUUAAUCACAAAAACCGUAGCAACAACUGUGUUUGUUGUUUUUGGUUCCACCAUAUAUACUAUACUCAAAAUCCAUAAACGUUCAAUGGAUUCUGGCAGUGUUAAUCCAACUGAAGAAGUUCUAAUGGCACAUCAUCUCUUAGAAGCAUCUCUUAUGGGUUUUUCUUUGUUCUUUGGAUUGAUAAUUGAUAGGCAACACUACUAUGUUAAAGAGAUUACUUCACUAAGGAAGAAUAUAGAAAAGGUAAAGAAAGUAAACCACAGUCAUGAAUCAUCAAAGAGAAGAGAGAUAGAGGAAAUUGAGAUGAAAAAGAUUAAUUAG